AUGCCGGACGUUAAUGCCGAUAGAAGCUUUGCUAGCGAGAUAAACACCACUGGCUUUGUAAUCUGCAAAGGAAACAACGAAAAUGGCGAAUUAGAAGUGUCAUUCAAUUCAGCUUACGAUUACAACGGAUUAGCAUUAGGGUUAAACCACAGCUGCGCAAUCCGGAGAGCGAAUCAGACAGUCAUGUGUUUGGGACAAAACAGUGAGUUUUCGAGUAGCGUAGUGGGUGGCGUCCCCUUUGAAUCCAUUGUUUCCGGGCCGGAUUUCACUUGUGGAUUGAGGACAAGCAAAUUUUUAGUGGUUUGUUGGGGCCCCGGUUGGACGGAUAAUUCAUAUCCUCAAGCGGCCGAGCUUCUUCUCCCGAAGAUUCUUCCGGCACCUAUUAUUUGUGAAGUGAAGGUGAAGGGUACAGACAGUGGACAGACAGACAGACACAGAGGUCGUCUCCUUCCUCUUCAGGUCUUCAUUGACUUGGCCUUCCUGCCAAGAAAGAAUCCAAUUCCAGACGAAGAAGAAAAGAAAUCAAUCGCAGAAAUGGUGGCCCGGAGGUUCUCUGUCCGCCACAAUGACUCCACCUUCGACGUCGAUUACGACACCGACGAUGGCUUCGAAGUCCUCAAAUUCCAGCUCUUCUCUCUCACUUCCGUCCCUCCCGAUCAACAAAAGAUAUUGGGAGGUGAUGAUGAUCAGGUUGUAUCAGAAGACGCUGAUCUGGCGUCGGUUGCAGAAAAGCUCCGAUUGGUGUCGAUUGACGAAGAUGAAGAAACGAAGAAGAAAGAGAAUUCGGAGCCUAAAGUCGCGAUGUCGGAUGAAGAAUUAGCUCGGCUUUUGCAGGCAGAAGAAGAUGCACUUAUGAUGCAGCAGUUUGUAGCAAGUCAAAAUAAUGCAGGCUUUGAGCAGAAGAUAAGGCCUUACAUUGAUCAAGUUCUACAGGUAAAGCGUGCACUUGUUUGCACUUUUUUUUUUUGGCUUUGUCUUUCCCGGGGGAUAUUUUAUUUAGGAUUUUUGACAGAAUGGGAAUAUUUCAUGUGGUCUGGACAAAAAUGGGGACAUCUUUGAAAUUUGAAAAAAAAGAAAAAGAAAAAGAAAGGAAGAACUUGGUUCCAAAUGUGUUUGAAUAAGUUUGCAUCAGAAAUGCAUAUGCCAUAUACGUUUUGUUGAAAACCAAAGGGUUAUGCAUGUCUAUAGGGUUGUGUCUGUUUAUGAAUAGGUGCUUAAAUUAACAGUUAUGUGUCCGUAUAUAUAUGUACUAUGUUUCUUCAUUAGAAACAUUGAAUUGUAGUAAUA